AUGACGCUUGACGCACUACUGCAUGAAUGCGUAGAUUCUGGUGCCCAAAACAACGCUCCAUUUGUGAUCUACACAGACGAAGAUGGACAGUUACUGGACACCCUCCCGGUGUGCCAAGAUUUUAAUCGUGGUCUUUGUAACCGGCCUGCCUGCAAGUUUGUACAUCUACAGGAAGGAGAAGGGGUGGAAGUGGUUGAUAACCGAGUUGCAGUGUGCCGUGACGCCGCCAAGGGCCAGUGUUCUAGAUCCGCUUGUAAAUAUUACCACAUCCCCGUGGCACUGCCCCCUGCCCCCGUCAUGGCGGCGCUAUCGUCCUAUCGUCACUAAAACAAAAACAAACAAAAAAACAGACAAAAAAAAAGAAAAUCAUUCACCUCAACAACGACACGUUUUACCGAAUCAUUGAUGAUAAAAUGUUUAUAUACAACUUUUUAUUCUAAUAUUACUAUAAUUGUAUUGUCAUAAAAUGACUAAAAAUUUAUUAUUAUUGUGUUUAGUACUGUUUACAAUGUUUUUUUGUUAAAAACUAUAGUAUAGUAAGUAAUGACUGAGUGAAUGAAGGAUGAGUCGAACGAUCAAAUUUUUUAUAUAAAUGAUUUUUGGGUAUGAGUUGCAUUUUGUAUUUUUCUCAAUAAUCAAAACAUGACAAAAACUCAUCUGGUAGAAAACCUUCCCUAUUAUUACCCAGUGUAACUUGUACGUACUUCUCUGUUGAAAAACGUAAAAUACCUAAUAUAAGCCACAAGCCACCCCAUAGUGCAUAAGGCUCUCUAAUAAUUUGUUUAUUUCAUGGCCACCCCUAUUAGAUAAGUAAAUCUUAUGAUAAACUAUUGACGUCCCAUGGGUUUAAAACCCCGAUAGCCAUAAUUCGCGCGACAAUUCAUUUUUUCGUUUUUACGUUGGCAUCUUGCCGGCACCAAGACUUUAAUACUUUUUACAUUACAGGAUUUUUGGAUUCGAUUUAAAGGUAAUCGUCACAAAAACGACUUGAUCGAUGUGUUUCGUAUGACGAUGAAUAUCGAUAAAAAGGUUUUUGUGUAUAGCGGUAGAUAAAAAUGUAUGAAAUGAAUUCGGAUCGUCGAAUAGGGAGAUAUCUGGACCUAUCAGUUUUAUUCCAUAAAAUGGAAUUACUUUAAGAUUUUCUCUGAUUAUUUGCUGUGAUUCAAUAAGGUGUUGGCGCAUGAAUCGAGUACUAACCUUAUUUUUAAUUUUUGUGCAUGGCCAGAAAAACAACGUCCAAAAUUUUAAACAAUUACAAUAAUUGUGAUUAUAUCAAAUUUUAUUUGUAUUCAAAUAAUUUAUCCAGAAAAUGAUAAAAAAUGCAUACAAAUGUCAAAUCAAUAACAAUACAG